UGCUGGCGUUAUGUUGUGGCAUUUCCCAUCUUCAUAUCGCUCGGCUCCGUUAGUUCUUGUUUGCCCUUCGAACCGAUCAGUUGUUAGCUGUCAACUUGUGCAAUAACAAAGAGAAUAAAAAAAAACUAUAUGUCCGUGUAGUUAAAAUCGAUAUAAAAUAAAUUACUUUUCGAAUGGAAAUAUAAAUUUUAAUUAACAAUAAUUGUCAGUACGCGUGUUAAAAUAACAUGUUUUUUUGAGAUAACAUUAAAGAACAUACAAUUGUAAACAAUUUUAAUGAAGACUUUACGAAAUUAAGGUGAAAAAAAAAACAAGUUGUAAUUUUUAACAAACAUUUGAAUGCAAUUCAAAGUUGAUGUUUUUUUUUUGUUUCGGAAAUAAUAAUAGUUUUUAAAGUGAAACGUGACGAUAAAACAUCGAAUCAGUGUGUUAUUUUACAAUCUCAGUGUGUAACUAACUGAACGAGAUUGUGUGGAGAGGAAAAUUGGACACAAAAAUGCGUUGCAAGACAUAGAAAAAAGACAGAGCAAAAAUUAACGACACCAACAGAAUAAUGAACUAAUGGAAUGUUACUGCUGCAAAACACAUCGACACAGAGUGAGUUUGGAUAAAAUUGGUUAAAUCGAUACGCUUCACAGCAAAAAAAAACGUUAUAUCGAAUGCCUGACGAUAAUAAUGACAUGUGAAUAAAGCGAACACUUUGGCGGUGAUAUAUACGACUGACAUUUGCAUGUUUCGAAUCACAUUUGAAUAAUGAAUUCUCAUUUUUGUCCAUGCGAAUGCAAAAAUCAAUGCUAAAAAGUCAAUGGUAUGCGUCCAUAUAAUGAGUUUAUAAUUUAAAGAGUGCAUAAAAUUCGAGUGAUACGAAUAAAAAUUGCGCCCGUUUCAAUUUCCGGCGUAUUAAAUUAUCGUCAAAAAUCAACAAAAACAACGACACCGCGCUCGAACCAAAAAAUUGCCGAUAAUUUAUAUUUAAAUAUAUAUAUCGAAUUAAUUGAUGAUAUCGCUGAAAAACACCGGAGCCGAACUCAUUCACGUACAACAUUUGGAUCAUAUAUUUAUUGAAGCAUCAAAUGGAAUAGAUCAACAAUAUAGACAGAUAGAUAGCUACAUGUGUGACAGGACUUAAAAUUAAAGCUCGCACACACACACAUUCACAUCGAAUACAUGGAUUUAUUUAAUUGUUCAGACAAUUUCGUGAUUAUUAUAAAUUGAUGGGAAAAUAAUGAUACAACAACAGCUACAACAAUUGAAAUAACGAGAUAAAAUAUACGUGCAACAGCCAUCAAUCGAGAAACGACAAAAAAAAAACGUUCAUAUAAAUCCGGGACAUGAGAUUUAAUGUGCAAUUUAUAAAAUUUUAUUGAUUGCAUUUUAUGAGGAUAAAAUGAAGUGUUGUUUGACAUGAGAGAGUGAGAAAGAGAGAAAAAAACUUAUUCGAACGCAAUAAAUUUUUACAUAAAGAUCACAUUUUACUGCGUGAAUGCGCACACCGCACAUAAAUUUAAUAUGAAUUGACGUGAACCAACGGAAAAAGAAAAAAAAAACAAUAUAUUUCAAUGAAUUAUUGAUCAAAAGUGUCAUCAAAUAUGUUCAACCUAUUCAAUUAAACAAAUUGACAUGAACGAACAAUAAAAGAAGAGAAAAAAAUCAACUUUAAUAGCCGUCAAAUACACUUUCUCUCAAUAAUUGAAAAUUUAAUUGUUUUUCGAAUUUAUAAAUUGACAUUUUCAAAAACAACCGAAAUAUUCACAAACAUUAAAACGUUGUGUGCAGUAAAUUUCUAUUUUUGAGAGCAUUUGAAGCUGAAAAUAAAUUUUCCGGCAUUUGAAACAAAAAUUAUUCAAACGAGGUAUUGUCGAAGGAUUGACAGUUAUAUCAACAGUUCACGGUAGAUACUCUCUACAUUGUCUGACAACUUGAAUUGGUUUCGGUAAAAAAAAAACACUAAAAUGCGAUGCAAUUCCGAAUGACUGCCAUUAAACGACGACGUCUCAGCAGGAUCAAUUGAGACCAUGUUUUGAUACUGUUAUUCAGAUUCCAGUGUCAGUCAUAGUGCCCAAAAAUGAAGUAGCAUCAAACCAUCGUCAACUAAAUUCAUUGCACAGAUUACACAGUCAAAAAAGUGAUUUUAGUUUUUUAAAACAAUAUUCGCGUAAUGCCACUAAGUGCGAGCUUUUGAGAGAAAAAAAAACGAGAUAACGGAGACCGUUAAAUACCAGCCAUUUUUGAUCGAUUUAUUCGAAUUAUUCGCGAAACUUUUUCCAUAUGCAAAUGUAAAAAUGCCGAUCGAUAAUUGUGAUAAAACAAUGAAAAAAUCCAUCAAAUGGAUAUUUAUUGUGAUUGUGCUGUGCGAACUGUGCAUGCAAAUUCAUGGCGAAUCGGAUGCAGAACCAAUUCCUUUAGUUCGACUACCAUCAAACACUCUACUUAAAUACACCGCAUACAAGGAUGUGAGCAUAUUGCAUUUCGUUGUGCCGAGCGAUACUCGAACCGCUUAUUUCAACUUUAAAGCAUAUGAGGAAACAAAAAGUGCCUUCCAGCGUCAGUGCAAGCCGAGAGAUGUGACAUUGCACCUAAAGGCUGGUAGCUAUCCUGUAAUUAGUCCGGAGAACAUAACUUUUCCCAAACAUUUUUUACAUGCAAAUCAAAGAUUCGAGAUAUACAAUUUGCAAUUCAAGUCUGAUGGUUCGAUGAGAAGGAUGAGCAUCGAUGGCCCGAAUACAGGUGAUUGGUAUGCGGUGGCGUUCAUUUCAUGGACAGAUCCAAGUAACGAUCGAAUUGAGCAACAAGGCCUUGCCGCUUCAUGUGAGACAUUACUAUUGUCUGAAAUGUCUGUGGUUAGUGUUAAACCGAUCAUUCUAAAUGCUGACAACGGAUUAAUGUAUAAUAAUACACUUUAUGGAUACGCUAACGACCGUUAUGCCAACAACCAUAAUAAGAGCAACCAGCGUAGCAGCAGCAGCAGCAACACCAGCUCAAGCAGCAGUAACUUCAGCAAUAGUUCGGCUUCAAUCAGUAGUUCGGCGGUUGGCAGCAACACAACCAAUGCAAAUGCAGAUAAAUCAAAGACCUCAAACCCGGCACCAUCGAUAAUUUAUAAAUUUUUUGUGCCACGUUAUGUGGAUGUGGUUGGAUUACACUUCAACAUAAUGCGAGCUUGUAACCAAUGUCAGGCGAUUGUAAUUCAUGUGCAGGCAAACGCAUUACCAACACCAAAACAUUUUAUUCACAGUGCUGUCAUUUAUGCAAAUAAAACCAGCGAAUAUCAAAUCGAAUUUUAUCCACACCAAAAUGUAUGGCAUUAUAUUGAAAUCGGUUUUGUGAAUCGCAACAAUGACAGCGCCAUCAAUACAACAAACGCCACAACAACAACAUUUAACAGCAGCAGCACCAACGACAGCAGCAGUAGUAGUAUUAGUAGCAAUAACAACAUUAAAGCUUUCAAAUCAAAGGCCCGACAAGAGAAGCGACAACAGUUUAUGGAAAAUAAUAUUUUUGUAAAUUUUAGCAUAGGUUUGCAAUUUAUAUAUGAAAUGCCGAUUGCUGUUGUGGAACCAUCGGAAAAUGGACCGAAUGAAAAUAAAUCAACGGCAAAUUUAAACAGUAAUAAAGACGAUAGCAGUAGCAAUCGGAGUAGUAAUAUAAAUAGGGACGGCAGUACAGGGUCAGAGAAUGUAAAUCGUACGGUCAACACAUCAAAUUCCAAUUCAUCAUCAUUGGUCGACCAACAUUUAAACCAGCCAACCACCACCACCACCACCACCACUACCGCUACUACAGAUGCCAAUAGCAUUGCUACGGAUGCGGACGGUAUCAAUGAUAGUAAUGAUGAUGAUGAUGAUUUUGCUGCUACUGCUGCAGUAACUGCAGAUGAAAAGGACAUCGAUUUCAAGCCAAACGUCAAGAUACCAGCUAAACCGAGGAAAAUUAAUUAUCAUACAUUGCUUCGGCAAACUUAUCGCGAAUUCUUUAUGUUCGACUACGAUUUAUUGCCGGAUGACAAUGGAACGAUUCCAACUUUUAUCAAUUUAACGGCCGGCAUUACAACUGGUUUUCGUUUUGAUGUUGGCAAUGUUUUUGACAUUGGGGGUACACUAAGCUUUGCCGUUGUUAUGAAAGAUAAUUUACAUGAUGCAACAUUAGCUGCAGCCGCAUCGGCUGCAUCGAUUGUUAAAACCCGAAGCAGUCGAAUCACAAGCGAUGUUGCUGUUGCUGAGAAGCUCGUUCACAUUAACGAUGACGCUUUGAAUGAUGCACCCGGCCAUGCAUUAGACGAUGGUAAACCCAACAAUGGCAUCGAUGCCAUGAAUUUUGAAUUAAAUCAUUCGGAUGAAAAUGAUGAUGGCAUCGAUAAUAAUGGUUCAGGUAGUAAUCAAACAAUAAUCAUAUGCAUGCACUUGAAUGCGGCUGCCAUACCAAAGUGGCCAAAUCAAUGUGUAUACGGACAGCAUGUGUUUCCCGCAGCAAGCAUUAUGAACAAUACAAAUGAAGACACAAGCACCGGCCUAAUCCAUGUUCCAUUUCCUGAAGGUGGCCAAUGGUAUGUAACGCUCGGUUUAUUUUGUCAUGGUGCACAAACCAGUCGCAUCACGAUCAUUGACAGCGUUAAAGAUUUUAUCAAAAAGUAUGUUGAUCAUUUACAUAACGUUCGUACACCAUGUGCAUGUGCCAAUCGAACUGAUUUUUAUCAGAAAUGUAUAGGCGAUGCACGGUGCUUGAGUGAAUUGAGUGAAUCGGAUACGCUUAAAGUGAAAGAAUGUCUAAUGGAUUCAAAAUGUACGACCAAACACAAAGAGAUGGCCCGCAAAUUUGAGAUGCACCAUCGUUACGCAACCGAACAAUCAGUGGAGGCCGACAGUGAUUCGUGCAAUGCAAGUGCAGUUUUUACCAUUUCAUCGAGUCCGUGUGUUGCUGGCCGUUGUGGUCGUUAUGGUCGUUGUUAUCAUUAUAUGUCGGGUGGAUUUGUAUUUUCAACGUGUCUCUGUAUGAAAGGCUAUCGUGGUUGGGAUUGCACUGAAGACAGUCAAGUACCGUCAAGCUUCUCCAUUUUACUUGCACUUCUGUUGCUCACACUCAGUAAUUUACUAUUUAUACCGAGCAUUUAUAUAGCCGUACGUCGUAAAUACUUUACCGAAGGCAUUAUUUACUUUUUUGCAAUGUUCUUUUCGAUAUUUUAUCAUGCUUGCGAUUCCGGUGAGGAUGAGUAUAGCUUUUGUUUGGUGAAAAUUGGCGUAUUACAAUUUGCCGAUUUCUAUUGUGGCCUCCUUGCAAUUUUUGUCACACUCGUUGCAAUGGCAAAUAUUCGUCAAACAUUUGUAUCGAUUUUACAUAUGGUGGGUGCUGUUGUAAUUGCAUUUGGUACGGAAUUGAAUAAGCAAAGCUUGUGGGUAUUUUUGGCACCAGCACUGACUGGCAUUUGUCUAAUAUCGAUUAGUUGGGGCUAUCGAUGCAAACGUACGCAUAAAUGUUUUCCAGCCCGACGUUAUUUAUCGAUCUUUUUGCCGAUCGGCAUGGUUUUGGUGAUGUGCGGUUUAAUUUGUUACGCAUUUUUACAAACUCGUCACAAUUACUUUAUAGUUCAUUCGGCCUGGCACAUGCUAAUGGCGUUAAGUAUUCUAUGCUUAUUGCCAAGCCGCAAUUCAUUUAUACCAAAAUGCUAGCAUACAAUUAACACUGUGUCAUCGUCAACAGCAUCGUUUAGUGAACGAAGCAUUCGCUUGAAUCCGAUUCGUUUGCUAAUCGGUUGUAAUUGUUACUAUUGUCGCUUUUUGUAUCAACAAAAUGCUUACGAUACCAUAGAUGAUUAAAUUCUAAAGCUGUGGAAAAUGAGGUCCGGAUGUUUAAACACAGGCACACAUAUUUAUAUACAAACUCAGAGAGAAACAUAGAAGCAAAGAAUGAGAUACGGCGCAGAAAAGACCAUUCCAAAUUCCAACUGGUAAACAUACAAACAAAACAUAAUGAAUGUGAGGUGAACUACGAAUAGCCGACAUUUUCGAUCCGUAUGGCUAAAAGAGGUCGUUUGGUUUUUAAUGUUAGAUUUUUAGCACCGGAACACACUCACUCAAAACAAACAAAACACAAAAUGAAAGGAAAAUUACUUGCCUUAACUUUAUUAGAAGCGAAACACUGCUGGUAAAAAAAAAAGAAAUUGUAGGUGAAUGUAGAAAGGAAGAAACCAAUUUAUAUGCCAUUGUUCAAUACCAAAGAACAUUUUGAAUAUAAGAAUUUUAGGUGAACAAACAAAAAACAGAGAAAACGACACAAACAACUUAAAAUUUAAACAAAAGAAUAUAUAUCAUUGUAAUGUAAUAAGAUCGAAAUCGAGAAAAAAGGGUAUUUUUCAUGUUUCAAUGUAAACAAAAUUUAAAUGAAUAGAAAUUAGACGCCAAAAAAACUGGUAAUUGUAUAAUACUUUGUAAAAUUAAUUCGUCAGCGUCUCGCUUGCGAGAGAGAGAAAAAAUUGAAGCGGGAUAGAAAAUUCGAUUUGUAAAUUAACAUGGCGAAGGGCCAACGUUAUAUCGCGUCAGUCCAACCAGAUUGAAAAAGGUCACAAAUUGUGGAAUAAUUGUAAUAAUGAGGGAUAAAAACGUCAUAAAAUAUAUGCCAGAAAUUUAUUUGUUAAACAUACACUCUAAAAAAUGUACUAACAAUUUUAUUGGAUUUAUUAUGAUUAUUAUGCAAUUGUUGUUUUAUUCGCACGCGUGUGUGAAACAUUUUUGUUCGCCUCCUGCCGCCAUAUACAGUUAAAUAAACACAAAAUAUGUUCCAUUCUUAUGUAUAAUCGAUUGAAUUACUAAAAAAAAACGUGUGUUAAAAGUUUAAUUAAACAAAAAUUUCAAAUUGAUUAUGUGCUAUGUAUUAUAAAUAUAUCUAAAAAUUAAGAGAAAUUACCAAAAAAAAACAUGUAUAACUUAGUCAGAACGAGCCCACAGAUACAUGACGUAAAUCUAUAUUAAAACUCUACUAUGUAUGAAAAUUGUGUAUAAAAUAUAACAAACUGAGAGAACCAAACUAAUGGAAUAAAUAAAGCAAGUGCUCAAAUUGAAUUAAAA